UCAAGCUGCUGCUGCUCGGCACAGGGGAGAGUGGGAAGAGCACAUUCAUUAAGCAGAUGCGCAUCAUCCAUGGGGCUGGCUACUCGGAAGAGGACAAGCGGGGCUUCACCAAGCUGGUCUACCAGAACAUCUUCACCGCCAUGCAGGCCAUGAUCCGGGCCAUGGAGACUCUGAAGAUCCUGUACAAGUACGAGCAGAACAAGGCCAAUGCGCUCCUGAUUCGGGAAGUGGAUGUGGAAAAGGUGACAACAUUUGAGCAUCGGUACGUCAAUGCCAUCAAGACCCUGUGGAAUGACCCUGGCAUCCAGGAGUGCUACGACCGGAGGCGGGAGUACCAGCUCUCCGACUCUGCCAAAUACUACCUGACCGACGUGGACCGCAUCGCCACCUCGGGCUACCUGCCCACCCAGCAGGAUGUGCUUCGGGUCCGUGUGCCCACCACUGGCAUCAUCGAGUACCCUUUUGACCUGGAGAACAUCAUCUUCAGGAUGGUGGAUGUGGGAGGACAGAGGUCCGAGCGGAGGAAGUGGAUCCACUGCUUUGAGAACGUGACAUCCAUCAUGUUCCUCGUGGCCCUUAGUGAAUACGACCAAGUCCUGGUGGAGUCAGACAAUGAGAACCGCAUGGAGGAGAGCAAAGCCCUGUUCCGGACCAUCAUCACCUACCCCUGGUUCCAGAACUCGUCGGUCAUCCUCUUCCUCAACAAGAAGGACCUGCUGGAGGACAAGAUCCUGUACUCCCACCUGGUGGACUACUUCCCCGAAUUUGAUGGGCCGCAGCGGGAUGCUCAGGCUGCCCGGGAGUUCAUCCUGAAGAUGUUUGUGGACCUGAACCCUGACAGUGACAAGAUCAUCUACUCUCACUUCACUUGCGCCACUGACACGGAGAACAUCCGCUUUGUCUUCGCGGCUGUCAAGGACACCAUCCUGCAGCUCAACCUGAAGGAGUACAACCUGGUGUGACCCUGUGGAAAACCCACGGGACAGACCCUCCUGUGUGAUGAUGUGACAGCGGCUCUGCCUGCAGAGGAGCUGAUUUUUUUUUCCAUAUUUUUAACAAAUGGUUUUUAUUUCACAGUUAUCAGGGGAUGUACAUCUUUCUUUCUAUAUACUUCGUGCACCUUCUCACCUAUUGUCAGCGGCACAGGCUGCCUUUUUCUGGCCUUGACUGUGGCUCGCCUUUUUCUAGAAAAAAAAAAGGAAAAAGAAAAAAAAAGAAAAAUGAGACAAGCGAAGAUGAGACAAGUGAGUGCCCUGCCCCCAGCGCCUCCAGGCCUCCCUUAGCCCCACACCCCAGCCCCCCAGGGCUGCACCUUCAGCCACCGUGGAACAGAACCGCCCAGCUGGCCCUGGUCCCUUGGUAUGGAGAUGUGGAGACUGUGACUGUUCUUUCUUCCUUUUUUUAAGUUAUUGCCAUCCUCACGACUUUGCUGUGUUUUUGCUCACUGGACUCCAAGAAGUGGGGGUGGGUGGCUUCCCCUGUUGCCCACCCUGGGAAGUGCCUAACCAUUUUUUUUUUUUUUUUUAAAGAAGAAACAAAAAGUAUAUGGGCUCCUCUGCAGUGAAGGAGAUGUCUCUGGACCUUGUCUCAGCCUCUGGUGAUUGCCUUGUCCCCACUGCCCUCUGAGAGCCCUGGGGCUUAGGGGGUACUCUGGACAGUGUCUCCAGAGCCAUCUGGCCUGCUUGGAGCUCUCCCUGGCCUGGUCCCUGUGUACCCAAGGGUCGCGUGCUCAUCACCCAGGCCGGACAGUGCCCGGAGAGCCCACAUGGCCUGGGAGCCAGGAGAGGGCCCACUUGAAUGGGAGUCACUUUUGCUUUCAUUCCAUUUUUGUAACCAGUUUGCAAACAGUGAUGAUGGUGGGCUGGGGACUUUUUCAGAAUAUUCUCAGGUCUGUUCCCAUGAAGCAGAGAGAGGUUGAGGGAGAGUCCUGCGAUGGCUCCCAGGCGUAGUGGCCGCCAUCACACGCACUUGUUGACCCCUAUGCUGAGCUGCUGGGAAUCGAGCAGGCAGCAGGGGCAUUUUGCCCAGAGCUGUUGAGGGUCGUGUGGGAGUCAGCAGCUAGCACCUUAGCUCUGUGCAGCUUCCAGGCCAUGACCAUAUAUCGAGCCAGAGACAUGAGCUGCCUGGCCUGGGUUCCCAUCCCAGAGGGACUCUGAGGGAGGGCAUAAGCAGGGGGCUGAUCUUUUGAGGGAGGGAGGUGGCUUUUCAUCUGAUGUAAACUGAACACUACAGUGUUUGUUUUGUUUUGCACAAAUGGAAGGGGAACUGACCGCCAGUAACAUUGUGGCCCUGCCUACUACACCUGGACCCUACAGUAGCAGUCUGUGUGGCUGUUUCUUUUGGGGGCCACUAACAAAUACCAAAAUCCAACCCACCCAAACAGCCAGUCCUGGGCAGCUGACCCCUACUUCCUCCUCUCCCCAUUCCACCAGCAGGGCAAAGCCAGGAAGGCCUCAGGGCAAUGGGGAGUGGAAGACAGGCAAAAGUUGGGCGUGGUUACAUUCCUGGUGAUCAGCUCCAUUUGGGGGCAGAAUGGGCUGGGGAUCCCCAGCUUCUGAGCCAAUUUUCCAAAAAGGGUUCUUUUUGUGCCAUGUGUCUAUUUGAGAGGGUUGAACACAACUCCAUUCUCACCGUCAGUUGGGGGAGCAGGUGGUGGUGCUGGCAGUGGGCCCGUGCAAGGACUUGAGGUUCUCACAGGGUGGGCAUGUCCUAGCACCUCUCAAGGGUCCAGAUCACAAACAGGGAACUGGAUUGGGCUCUCGAGGGACAGCAAGAGCAUGUGGGGAGGCACCUGACGAAAUAACUCCUCUUAGAGAGGGGGGCAGUGUGCCAAGCAUACCACAGCCUAAGGCUGGCCAAAGCCCCAAACCACCCCCACGUGGGCCUUCUGGAACCCCACGAACCUGGCCCCACACCAGGAGCUGAAGGCAGGGCCACCCCAUGUCGGGGUGGGGUGGGGUGUCCAAGACCAGUUCUGUGCCAGUGCCAGUUGGGCCAGGAGGUCCCAUGAGGUUGGUCAGUGUCCUUGAUUUUCACCCUGAUGGACUCCUCCUAAUGCUUUCUCUCACGUGCCAACCUUUCAGCUCCUCCCACUGUGCCAGAUCACCCUGCAGUAUAGCCAAUUCCCGGCAUCCAACUCCUUGAGAGAGACCUGAGAGGGACAUCUUAGUGCCAAUGCCCCCUAACAGCAGUGCAGGAACUGUUCCAGCUGGCGGGGAGAACACUGUCCGGUUAUACUUGUAUAUUACACAGUCCUGAUUUCAGACGAUUUAAACCUUAACCUAUUUAAAAAAGAAUAUUAUAUAAAAUGCUGUUUUUAAACCUUUUGUCAUUUGAAAUGCAUGUAUUGUUUUGCGUGCUGGGGGAUGGGCACGAUUAGCUUGAUGCCAACCUGUGGCAGAGGCUGUCCUGUCCAGGCAGGUGGGACGGAGGCUCUGCUCAGUGUGUUGGGGCCCUGACCCCUUAAUCCAGAGAUACCUGAUGGAAGUUGACUUUUCAUAUCUUUCUCCUGAAAUGAAUUGUUUUAAAUUGGAAUAAAUCUCAUUCCUAAA